AUGGCCGAACCCGGCCCCGUUGACGCGCCCUGCGACCUCGGCGCCUGGCGCGAACUGUACGCGAAAUUGAACGUGCCCUGGCGGGACCCCGCGACGGGCGCCGUCGAGAGCGCUCCCCGCCGGUCGACGCCCGCCUUCGCGCCGCCGGUGACUGCGCCGCAAGCGCCGCCGGCGGAUGGCUGGCGCGACGACGGCGCGGUGGAGAGCGCCUUCGACUCGCUCAUCGGCGCGGACUCGGAGCAGCGCGAGGCGGCGGACGCGAUUUUGUGCCGGCGGCGCAGGACGACGCCCGCGCUGCUCUACGCGGCCACGGACUCGCGCGACGGCGCGACGGCGCCGGCGCCCGAGCCGCAGCCCGCGGUCCCAAAGCCGCGGCCGAAGCCGGCGCCGAAGCGGCGGCAGCGCGUGGACAAGGUGGCGGCGCCGUCGAGGCGGCCCGCGCUGCCGGGCUGCCUCCAGCCGCCGCGCCGGGCCGCGCCGACGAUGGAGAGCCUCUUCGGGGACGAGGAAGAGGCCGCCGCGCCUCCGCCGCCGCCCGCGCCGGCGCCUGUGUCGCCGCCGCCGCCGCCGCCCCGCGAGCCGGCGCCGCCGCCCCACCCCGGCCCGAAGGUCCCGCGGCGCCUGCAGCCGCGCGUCGGCCUGACGACGUUCUCCAGGGCCGGCACGUCGCUGCGGCCCCGGUGGGGCACCGUCGGGGCGCGGCCCUCGAAGAAGGCGGUCGCGCCCGCUCCGGCGGCGAAGCGGGCACGACCGGCGGCGGCGCCGCCGCCCGCCGCGAAGAAGAAGAAGAAGCCCCGCUUGCCGGCGUGUCUUGCUCCGCCGCUACCGCCGCCGCUGCCGGACGGCGUGACGAUGGAGGGGUUGUUCGGCGACAAUGAUGAUGAUGGGGAGGGGUGA